GCAUUGACUCAAAUUUAACCAUCAGAACUGAAAAACGAAGAGCCUGAGUUGAUCGUCGAGAGCUAUUCCUCGCGUCAUGGAAAAUGCGCCUCAAGAUAACUGGCUUGAGGAUUCUCGGAGCAAUUACGUUCCUCAUUGAUGAGACGGAAGAGGAUUCCUCGACCACAUGGUUUCUCCAGGAGAAACACGCAUAAGAUCGCCGUGUGGAGGUUAGUACUAAUUAGACAAAGGAGAUCACCGCGCAACCUGCAAAUUCUGCGGGUGUACAAGGAUCACAAUAAGAAACAAGAAAAGCGCCUGAGGCUGCCGUAUGACAUGCAUCAAGUGCCCCGGUGAUCCGAGACGUACAAAAUUCAAAGGUUGACACCGCAGUUCCAUAUGAAAAGCUGCGCAAAUUAACACUCAUCUUGGGCCGUCGUGAAGCCCUCGACUCACUCGCGCUCCAGCAAGCCGGCCAGUCUACCGACCAUAAUCACUAAGGAAUCCUUAGUGAUUAUAAUCCUUAGUAAGGAUUAUAGUCGGAUUACCUCUUUACUCUCAACCCACCACCCAGUCGAUGAACCCCAUCGAAGAUCAUUUCUGUGAUUUCACUCCGAGUGGCCGUCGCAGGGACUCCGGCUGAAGCAACCAUCGAGAGCUCGCCUCAAGUGCUAGAUCUAAACGAUGCAAUUGCGUCCACAGAGCUACUGACGACCACCAUGCUCUUUUCCGAAUCCCCAGACCUUCCUUCUUCCUCCACUGGAACGGAAGGGAAAUUUACUGCGGCGCAAGAAUCGCGUCUAACAUGAAUCAUCCCUCGUUCAGAUUCAUGGCAACCGUCGAGAAGUGCAGGGGAGGUAAGGCACAGAGAGGCAGUCUUCCAGGUCCCAGAAUGCAGAUGGUACAGUGUCGGAACGCGUGCUCGGCACACGGAAAGUGAACAUUCAGUGAGGAACGAGAGGAGGAUGGUCUUCAGACGCACACGUGUCCGCUGCCCGGAUCAUACACCUGGAUCGUGGAUCGUGGACGGGGGCCUAGGGUUUAGAAGAAGCCCGUGCUCCUAACGCGCUGGAGGAUCGAAACCAGCUACCCAUUACCAUCACGCCGAAGAUCGUCUCAUCUCAUCUCUCUGGGAGGCUCCCCGAGGGUGGUUCAAGGUCGGCAUUGCGGACAGCGUGCAACGGAAUUUGAAGCUUGGCUGGAGAAUUUCGCCGUUUUGUUUUGAAGGUGCGAAGGGCUCAGUUGGAUGGAAACAAAUGUUUCGAUUCAGUUCGAUGUUGAGUUGUAGAUCGAGGGAUCAGAGCAGAACGGCAGCAAUAAUUUGACGGGUUUUCUGAAUGCGACUAAACAGAGGGGACAGGAGGCGAAACGAAAUGGGAAGGAUUAGAUCUUUGAUUUUGUGGUAACCAGAAUGUUCUGAGACCGUGAAAUUUCGGGCAGUUCCAGAGAAGACUUAGCCGAAUCGAAAGGUCAGUGAAGAGACCUUCGGAUCGAGCAAAAUGUUGCCGGUGGUUCGAAGGCUUCGCUUGCCGAAAUUUGUCUCGGCAUUUUCGUCUGCUAAGCCCGAAGGUCAAGUGAAGCGGCAGUCUGCCGAUGUCAAAACUACGCCUCCAGAGCCGCAGGUCAUUGUUGAGCCAGAGCAGAACUCGGGAGACUGGGAACGUAGGGAUCCGAAGUUUGAAGCUAUGUCUCAGCAAGUGGUGGGAAUUAUAACCACGAGGCCCGGUGGGAAACAGGAAAUGGGAAAUGCUGUUGUUACCGAAGAACUCACUAGACCUAUGCCGAUGGAUCGGCAUACAACAUUGCUGUCAGGCCCUGACGAGGAUACUGUUAUCGCAGCUGGCAGUCUGAAUUUGAAGCAAAUUCGGGAGAUUUUCAUUCUAUACCAAGAACAAGGCAUGAAUGAAGAGAGCAUAGCCAAAAAAUUCAAUGUAGAUGCAGAGCUUUUGAAACGGAUAUUUCGACACACUAGUUUAGUUGUUCCUGAUCAAGCAGAAGAAUUGACCUUCAAAGACAAGAAGUAGGUGAAUGAUGAACAGAUGUACUCGAGUAACAUCUCCACCUUUCCCAAGCUGCUGAGCCUGAGCUGACCUGUAACUUCUCACUUGAAGGACUGUUGCCUCCUAUAUAUGCAUGCUCCAUCUGAAUGAAGGCAAGGCGUUUCGAACACUACCAGCGAGGAGAUUGUGCAAUUCCGGACGGAUGCCAUUCAAAGAUUGCAUGAGAUUGCGAGGGAUGGAAAGGUGUCUUCUAGAUAGGAUGAGAUUACUCGAGGAAUGAAGUCACUGAUGGCAUUCAUACAGUUCUGGAUUGCGGACAAACCAAGUUUUUCUCCGGCCAACUGUUCGUUCAUAGGUACGAAGGGAGCUUCUGUCUUGGCUUUUGCCAUGAGACAGCCGUGUCUGACCCAGUUUUUCCCAUAUCCCACGAAGAGAUUCCAUUCCGAGUGUAUAGUUCUCGACUAGGUUGUACAUACUAGUUAGUAAAACUUGGAAGUGAUCAAGAGUUACAUUGUUUACACUUCACCAGGCAUAGUAGAUAAUAUUGAUGGAGGUGCCAAAAUGAUUAGUCUGGAUGUUAAGAAGAAUGUUUCUGUCUUGAAAUUCUGAAUUUGGAAAGAAAGCAAGGAUAUCAUGGCUAUCCCCUUAUGUACUGUAGUUUCUAUA